AUGUCUAUGAUCACAGCGACGACCUGGGUGCCGCGCGGAUUCGCGGCGCCCUUCCCCUCAAGAUAUCAAUUCGACGAGGACGAGUAUGAGCGGAUAUCGAAGCUUGCGAAUCUGCAACUAGAGGAUGCAAAGGAAGAGCUCGAGGAGGCGCAGGCUGAGGCCAAGACCAAGAGCAAUGGGACUUCAGGCAAGACGUCAAAAGCAAAGGACGACGAUGAUGCCGACGACGACGAUCUGAAAGAGUACGACCUCGAACACUACGACGAUGAAGUCGCAGAAGACCAGGGCGAUACCAUGGCCAUGUUCGGAAAUGCCAAGAACCUAGUAUUCCACGAGAACGACGAGGCCGACCCGUACAUCACAAUGCAGGGUGGGGAGGAGGAAGACGACGAAGAGCGGGAAGAGCUACAGAUUCUGGCCACAGACAACCUAGUACUGGCGGGCCGGAUAGAAGACGAGGUUGCACAUCUGGAAGUCUAUGUUUACGAGGACGAAGACGACAAUCUCUAUGUGCACCACGAUAUCAUGCUGCCCGCGAUUCCGCUAGCUGUCGAGUGGCUAGAUCUACCCGUUGGAAAGUCGAUUGGCACACAAGACGGCAAAGGCAACUACGUUGCUAUCGGAACCAUGGACCCAGAUAUUGAGAUUUGGAAUCUGGACGUGGUAGACAGCAUGUAUCCAGAUGCUAUUCUGGGUCAAGGUGCUGAAGAUGCAGCCAACGCAGAUAGGCUGAGAAAGAAGAAGAAGAAGAAGUCGAAGAAGGUCAAUGACGAGUUCCACGUCGAUUCCGUCCUCGCCCUUGCCGCCAACCGUCACCACCGAAAUUUGCUUGCCUCUGCAUCCGCGGAUAAAACCAUCAAGCUAUGGGACUUGAACACGACCAAAUGUGCCAAGUCAUACACCUACCACACAGACAAAGUGUGCUCUGUUGCGUGGCACACGGUCGAGUCCACGGUGCUACUAAGUGGAAGUUACGACCGGACAGUCGUGGCAUCUGACAUGCGAGCACCCGAUGCGAAGGUCCCACGAUGGGGUGUUGAGAGUGACGUCGAGACUGUUCGGUGGAAUCCUCACGACCCGAACUACUUCUAUGUGUCUACCGAGAAAGGAAUGAUACAUUACCACGACAUCCGCAAUGCACCAAAGGACCCAUCGGCCUCGAAACCAGUUUGGGUACUGCAAGCCCACGACGAGUCUAUCUCUUCGUUCGACAUCAACCCGGUGAUUCCCGGCUACCUGGCCACAGGAUCAACCGAUAAGCAAGUCAAGCUAUGGAACAUCCAGGAGAGUGGACCGAGCAUGGUGGUUUCGCGAGAUAUUGGUGUUGGACGCGUGUUCUCGACAACAUUCGCACCCGAUAAAGAAGUAGGGUUCCGCCUGGCAGUUGCCGGGAGCAAAGGAGCGGUACAGAUCUGGGACACGAGCACGAAUGCAGCAGUACGUGCUGCGUUCGCGAACAAGGUGACGUUGCCUCAGAUGAAGCAUGACGGAAAGGAGCGUCUCGUCGGCUUGGAUGAGCCCGACACUGAUUCAGACACUGAAGAGGGAGAGAGUGAUGAUGGCGGCGAAGAGGAGAAUGGCGACGAGAAGGGCUGGGAGUCGAUGGAAGAGUAG